UCCCCUGCUUCUCCCUCGUCCUUGCCUGCGUCUCCCCCUUCGCCAUCCUCCUCUUCCUCUUCAUAGAUCGCGUCUCCAUGGCCUCGGAGCUUGUCUACCGCGGCCACGAUGCGCAGCCGCUGGACGACGGCGAUCGCUACACCCCCAAGCCGGAGAAGCGCCUCGUAUGGCUUUCCCGCACGGUUCGUUACUUCCUACGCGAGCAGCGCCCCCUUUUCGUUCUGUUGGGUAUGGCCCUCGCCGCGCUCUUCUUUGCCUUCUUCCCCCGCGGCCCCCCCUCCGGCGCUCUCCACUUGGCGACCGCCGAUCCGAAAGGAUGGAGACCAACGGAGCCCCGACAUCUGGCGUCGUAUGGUGGGCACAGCUACCACCGGUUCGCGAUGGAUACUGUGGGGAGGGGGUUCGUUGGGGGGAAAGUUCCGCUGGGGCUGAAGCGGAAGGGGUUGCGCAUCGUGGUGACCGGCGGGGCGGGGUUCGUCGGGAGCCACCUUGUGGACCGGUUGAUCGCGCGGGGGGACAGCGUGAUCGUGGUGGACAACUUCUUCACGGGGAGGAAGGAGAACAUUAUGCACCAUUUUGGGAACCCCAACUUCGAACUCAUCCGCCAUGAUGUCGUCGAGCCGAUCCUCCUCGAGGUGGACCAAAUCUACCACCUCGCCUGCCCCGCAUCUCCCGUGCACUACAAGUUCAACCCCGUCAAGACGAUCAAGACAAACGUGGUAGGGACCUUGAACAUGCUUGGUCUGGCCAAAAGAGUAGGUGCUAGGUUCCUCCUCACCAGCACCAGCGAGGUCUACGGGGACCCCUUGCAGCACCCUCAAGUAGAGACCUACUGGGGCAAUGUGAAUCCCAUCGGUGUUAGAAGCUGCUAUGAUGAGGGCAAGCGAACCGCUGAGACAUUGACCAUGGACUACCACCGUGGUGCUCAAGUCGAGGUGAGAAUUGCUCGGAUCUUUAACACCUAUGGCCCUAGGAUGUGCAUAGAUGAUGGUCGAGUCGUCAGCAACUUUGUGGCUCAGGCCCUGAGGAAGGAGCCAUUGACGGUUUAUGGCGAUGGGAAGCAAACUAGGAGUUUCCAAUACGUAUCUGAUUUGGUGGAGGGUCUGAUGAGGUUGAUGGAAGGAGAGCACAUCGGCCCCUUCAACUUGGGCAACCCCGGCGAAUUCACCAUGCUUGAGCUGGCAAAUGUCGUGCAGGAAACCAUUGAUUCCAAUGCAAAGAUUGAAUUCCGCCCCAACACAGAGGAUGACCCCCACAAGCGCAAGCCAGAUAUCACCCGUGCCAAGGAAAUGCUCGGGUGGGAGCCCAAGAUCUCCCUCCGACAGGGUCUCCCUCUCAUGGUCACUGACUUCCAAAAACGCAUCUUUGGCGACCAAUCGGUUACCGCUGCCACCACUGGCGCCGGCACUGGCACCGGCACCAGUGUUGGAUCCACUUAAGUUGGCAUUGCUCGUGUUAGCUAUUGAUUAUCAAUAUUUGAUCAAUCUGUUUCGUCCAAGAGAAAGAUCACAGGAACCUCAAUUUGGAGUUAAAAAUGAGCACAUUGAACAGUGAGAUCUCCUUCAUAUUAAGUAUUCGUUUAUUUGUAGCAUUAUAACUGCUGCUGAAGGGAUGCAGUAGCUGCAUUGAAGUGGGAUUGCAGUGUAAUUUUGUUCUCUCUUGUUAUAGUUUCUCAAUUAUUUUGGAUCAUAAAGUUCAGAACAAUCGGUUUCAAUGAAUUUACAGUUUGUAAACUUCUAAUGUCUGUUUAAAAGAUACAAUAAGAUAAUGCAUAGAUCGUUCUUUCAUUGUGUAA